CGCAAAUGCCAAGUAGCUCAGUCCGUGUGAGCCCGAGCGUCCAGAGCUGUGCGCUGGCGACGCGACCGCCGUAUGUGGUCACAUGGAACCGCGUCUCGAUCGCAACGAGCCUCUUCAUGCUGCUCAACAUCACCCUCAUGCCGCUCAAGGCGUACAUAUCGGAAGCUUUUCCGUGGCAAGGAGCGCGCGCGCCGGUGGCAGCAUGGGACACGACGUCGGCGUACGAUAUCGCGUACUUGAACUUGACGCUGGACCUCGUUAGCAGUACGGGGCUUGCCAAUCGGCCUGCGUUUUACCGCAACGUGACACUGCGUACCGACGUCUUUCGAACGCUUUUGGACAUGCGGGAUAUGGCGCCCGUGACCGACUGCCUCUCGUUUCUGUACAGCAAGCCCGGCGUCCUCUUUUACGCCCCAUCGUACCAGGACGUUCUCUGCGCUUUUGCGGCCGCUGACCACCGCAACGCGAGUGACGCCAUGCGCUGGCAUAAGCGCGGAGCUUGCCAGUGCGUCACGCUUCUGAGUUUUGUCGUGGCCCAAGGCUGCGUUUGGCUCACGAGUGGCGAUGAUAUUGCGUCAAGUGCACCAACGACAAGCGUCUUUACAUUGACGUUUACGGUCCAGCUCCCGAAAUUUCACUAUUGGCUCUGGUUCAAGUUCGUAUACCGCGUUGGUUUAAUUGGCUUUGUGGUUUGGAUGUCGUAUUCGCGCUACUAUCGAUUUUGCGGCGAGCUGCGCCACAUUGUCAAGCACCACGGACACAUGGUACCUCGACCGAGCCGAGACUGGAGCUUUGAGAUUGUCAUGGGCGAUCCGACGUCCAUCGUGCUGCGUGACCCCGUCGUGUGCACCUUGUUUUCGAUUGACGUGUGGCUCAGUAUCGAGUACGUCGGUAUCGCCGCGAUACGGGCCACUCAAAUCUCGGACGUCUACUACCUCUUUAUCGCGUUUUUGUACUUUUCUCGCACGGUGUGGUUUGCCUACUUAGCGCUCUGUCUCGUGGGCAAAGUACUCAAGAAAUGGCGAAAGGAGCACUGUUUUAUCGAAGUCGACAAGACGCUCAUGGCGAUGGGCGUCACGUUCUUCGCCAUCCCGCUCUUGUAUGUACAGGCCAACACCCCUCUCGUGGGCCUCUACUUUUGGCUCUUUCGAGUGCUCGCCAUGACAGACCCAGAGCACCAGCAAGAGGUGGCGCUUGGCUGCAUCGCCAUCUCCAUCAUGAUUGGGAGCAUCCCACUCGUCUACGGCUUUGGCCGCCGCCGUUCUCGUACAAGCACGGACGCACAUCAUGUGAGCAGCGCUCUUCUUCCUCUUCCAUCGGGCGUCGUCCAGCCAGCUCGACGUGCGACGUCUUAUGCCAGUCAGCUGUAUAAUGGUUUCAAGGAGCGCACGCUUUUUCGUCUCGUGCGCUGCUUCGUGCCGGAGCAUGGCGAUGUUGUCGAGUCGGGCGGGUCCAUCUACGAGGCCUUUGCGGCGAACCCUCGCUACAAGCAGUACCCAACCCUCGGGCAACGUGGUGUCGACUGCUUUCUUGUAUGUAAAAAGGAUGGCGCCGCCACGCACGUCGUGCGUCUCAGCCUCGGCUCGUGUCUCGACCGGCAGCUUGAAGAUGCGAGCAUCGCGAUCACUGACGACACAACCGCCGACGAUCCCGUUGCCGUCUUUCAUAGCAUUAUGCCCGUGUCUGGCGCAGGAACACGGCGCUUCCAGCUGCAGCGCGGCUUCACCGACAGCGCUUGGUUUAUGUAGCAUUGUCCAUGAAUUAUGCAAACCAAGGUGUGAUGGCAGCGCGCCACGUUAUCAAAAAAGCGUUUCGUAU